AUGACAACCCACACCUUUACCACCGCGCCCCAACCCGACGCCGCCUCCAAACUCUUCUCCUCCAACUGGUCCUCCCGCUACCGCGGCGCCACAGUCCAAGACCUCGACCCCCCCGCCGCCCUCUCCGUAAUCCCCUCCGACUCCAUCUCGCACGCCCUCAUCUCCGCCUUCGAACGCGAAUACACCCACCUCACCGUCGUCUCCUCCACCACCCGCUCCCUCCUCGGCUACGUCUCCAUCCCCCACCUCCAGCGCCUCCUCGACUCCGGCGCCGUCCAGCCCACUGACGAGAUCUCCAAGGCCAUGACGCGCUUCCGACGCAAGGGGACAAAGUAUACCGUUAUUACCAUGCAGACGCCGCUGGAGGAGCUCGAGGCGUUUUUUAGGGGCGAGGGGAGCGGCGAGAAGCAGGAUUUUGCCGUUAUUACGGAUGAGAAGAGGAGGUUUGUGUUGGGGGUGGCGACGGUUGAGGAUUUGGGGGAGUUUGUGAGGAGGAGACCUGCUUAG